CUUUCUGACUGCCAUAAAUCAGUUUGCUGAGAUAAUGACCAAAAUGUUUCUUACAAGCAACAACUUUGAACUCCAGCUCUGGAACAAUUACUUCCAUUUGGCAGUCGCUUUCCUUACCCAAGAAUCUUUACAGCUGGAAAAUUUUUCUCAAGUUAAGCGAACAAAAAUACUAUGCAAGUAUGGAGACAUGAGAGGAGCUGUUGGUGCAUCAAUCAGAAAUAUGUGGUACAACCUUGGUAACCAUAAGAUUGAGUUUAUCCCAGGUAUGGUGGGUCCCAUUCUAGAAGUGACUCUUGUGCCAGAGGUCAACUUGAGGAAAUCCACAAUUCCUAUCUUUUUUGAUAUGAUGCUGUGUGAAUACCAGAUGACAAGGUCAUUUAGCUCGUUUGAAGAGGAGAUAAUCAAAAAGUUGGACAGUGAAGUAGAAGGUGGAAGAGGAGAUGAACAGUACAAGCAGCUCUUCGAACAAAUCCUACUUGAGUGUUCUCGGAAGCAUCCACACCUGACCAAACCAGGAGAGAACUUUGUUGCCUUAGUAACAGGUCUGAUGGACAAACUUCUUGAUUACAGAGCUGUCAUGAAUGAUGAAAACCAAGCCUAUAAUAUGAGCUGCACUGUGAACUUGCUGAAUUUCUACAAAGAAAUUGGCAGGCAAGCAAUGUAUAUCAGGUAUCUUUAUAAGCUGAGAGAUCUGCAUCUGAGCUAUGGAAACUACACAGAGGCAGCUUACACACUUCUACUGCAUGCCAAGUUGCUAAAGUGGUCAGAUGAGAUGGUCACCUCACAUUCUCAGGACUUUCCCAGCCUCUACAUUCAAAGGGAACUCAAGGAGAGUCUCUACAGCAAAAUCGUUGAAUACUUUGACAAAGGAAAGAUGUGGGAAGAAGCAAUUCAUCUCUGCAAAGAGCUGGCAGAUCAGUAUGAGAACCAGAUCUUCAAUUAUGAACUCCUCAGCCAAAACCUGCAACAGCAAGCUCAAUUUUAUGAAAACAUCAUGAAAGUCCUGCGGCCAAAAUCUGACUACUUUGCUGUGGGUUACUAUGGACAGGGAUUCCCAACCUUCCUUCGGAACAAGAUCUUUAUUUAUCGUGGCAAAGAGUAUGAACGUCGUGAAGACUUUGAAAUGCAACUCACCACACAGUUCCCCAAUGCUGAGAAACUUAAGACAACCUCAGCUCCUGGUGACAACAUUAAGAAUGCACCUGGCCAGCAUAUCCAAUGUUACACAGUGCAACCAAUGCUGGAAGAGCAACCCCGAUUCAGAGACAAAACAGUACCAGAGCAGAUUCUCAAUUUCUACAAAUCGAACAAUGUGCAAAAGUUCAGCUACUCCAGACCUUUUAGCAAAGGACCAAAGGACCCAGAAAAUGAAUUUGCUACCAUGUGGAUCGACAGAACUACCUUCUGCACAGCCUAUACAUUGCCAUACAUCCAUCGGUGGUUCGAAGUUAUCAGUAUAGUAACGACCACUAUAAGCCCACUGGAGAAUGCUAUUGAAACAAUGCAGGCCACCAAUGAUAAAAUUUUGGCCUCAGUCAAUCAGCAUCACAAUGAUCCAAACUUGUCAAUCAACCCACUAUCUAUGCUGCUGAAUGGAAUUGUUGAUCCUGCGGUGAUGGGAGGCUUUGCCAAGUAUGAAAAGGCAUUUUUUACAGAGAAAUAUAUGGCAGAACAUCCAGAAGACUUUGUGAAGAUCGAAGUACUAAAGGACCUAAUUGCUUGGCAGACACCACUUUUAGAAGAAGGCAUCCAUAUCCAUGGCAAAAAAGUCACAGAGGACUUGAAGCCUUUCCAUGUACGACUAGAGGAAUGCUUUGCACAGCUGAAGGCCAAAGUGGAAAGUCAGUAUGGUGUACGAGAACUGCCAUUUGCAGAAGAAAAAAGACGAGCUCAGCGUCGCUCAACAGUUAUCUCCUUUCGUCCACUCUCAAUGAUGAUGUCUUCUUCAUAUGGCUCUUCACUGUCUGAGAAGGAUGCUGUGAUUAGAGUUCCUGCUGACAGCACUGAGCCUCCUUUGCCAAAGAAAAAUCUGAGCAAGUCUCAGGAGAAGAUUUCAGAUACAGAAGAGGUGAAGGCUGAGCAGAAAGAUAACAGAAGUACUCUAUUCUUUGGAUAUAAGCAAGAUGAGCAGAAACCCUCAGGAUUGGAUAUUCAGGAGAAGGAAACACAGAGAAGGGUAUCUCGGGCAUUGAAUGAGACCACUUUUCUUCAGAUUUCUCCUGAGGCAAAACAGCCUUCAAAUGGAAAAGUGAAUAGUGGAUUAUCACCCACAGCCAAAGGUAUCGUUAUCAGUGGCUUUUCGGGACAUGUGAAGAGUGCCAGACCACCUCCAUUGCCAAAGAAGAUCAGUCCUACUCUUUAUGAGAAUUUCACAUUGGAACAAGUGGAAUCACCAGGACCGCAAUCAGCAGGACCACUGUCACCAGAAAACAGCAAGCCUGUGAAGCCAGCAACACCACCUCCACCACCACCAAAAAGCAAGAGUCCCAAACCUGCAGUUUAAAAAAUAAUAUGGUUACAGAAUAAUUGUUAAAUGUUUUUUAACUGUUUCCAUUCCAUUGUCAAAUAGUUAAGAAAAAGAAGUGUUGCUCCAGGGUAUGUUUAUGGCACUUUUACCAGGGCUAGAAUGCAUUUGAAGUUAGGAUUAAGUGCUGUUGAAAUAAGCAACAACAUAACUCUGUGAAAGUCAUAACAGAUUUAUUUUAAGAACUGUCGAGAUCUGCUGUAUAGCUGGAGCAUCUAACAAUUAAACUCAGCUUCUUUCUCUGUUUAGCCAUGUAUUGUAUCAAUUCAUAACUUAAAAUGUGUCUGUUUUUUGAUAGUAGCUUCAUACUGUCUCACUGCCUAAUUUAAAUGCAUUGUAUCAAAAGUGUCAUUUGUCUCUCAAUCAUAAUUUGUGACUGCAUACACUGUUUUGUUUGAUAAUUUUACACGAGCAUUUCUGUUUUCAUGCAGUUUAAAUUUUAAAAUAAAGAUAAAAAGCACAGUAACAAGGAAA